AUGUGCGUCCGCUAUGCAUUUCGAUUCAUUGUGAUAGCAGCUGUUCUAUUUUGUACAUGGUAUUCACUGACUCGUAACAUUCCACACAUACGUACAUGCGCCAAUCUACCGUCACCGCUCUAUGUUCAUCCGAUACACUCAACCAGCGACUUGCCGGCGGUGCCGCACGAGCCGCGCUCGCCGAUUACGCCACGAAUUCGUCUUCUGCCUCAUUCGUUGUGUGAAACAAAUGCGACCGUCGUCUUUGUGAUCCACUCGGAUGUUCGCAACAUUGUUCAACGACAAUUCCAGAGGAAACAACUCGACGAUGCCUGGCUGGAGACGCUCAACGCUAGGCGUAUCUUCGUCAUUGGCAGUACUGCAGAACCCACUGACAAGUACGAGAAGGAGGCUGAGAAGUACAACGAUUUAGUACAAGCCUGCCCUGCAGCCCACGCCAUCAUUGAUCAAAUGGAAGCUGAUACAGUAGAAAUGGUACAGUACAUCGAGGCGAAUCCUCGGAUGUCGUGUGCUAAGGCAUGGCAUAUCUCUGACCUCGGCACCUAUUGCCAAGGAAUGGCUUACGUAUUCAGCGGUGACCAGUUACGUCAUAUGCGUGAGAACAUUCCACGAGUACAAUUCUUAUGGAUGGACGACUGGUACGUGACACGGGCGCUACUAUCCGGCUCAAACACCACUCUUCUCGAUCUCAGUGACCACUACUGCUCAACGAAUUCCGACGAGGAACUACUCGUUUGGAUGACACGAAAACAAUCGCUACGCAUUCCGCAACGCACCAUAUUUGGACAUUUUCGACCUGCAGAAGAGUUCCCGCUGAAGCAAUCAAUACAACUGUGGAAUGAGAUCACCACAAUGAACAACAGGUGCACCUAA